GUACUUCUAGAUGGGAAGGAAGUAAAAAUUCCAAAUUUUGAUACAUUUAAUAAUGUUAAUGACGUAGUUGCAUUAUUAAACGAAGUUGAAAAAAUUAUUCUUUGUGGUGAAAGUAACAGACAAAUGUGUAGGAUUUGUUAUGCAAAAAGGCAUUAAAGGUCUUAAAGUUAAAUUUUGCAAAGAAUGUGCGAAACUUCGACACAUAUUGCAAAAAAAGGCUGUAGCGGUAGACCAUUUAAAAAAAAAUGCGAAUGAAAAACCAGAACCUAAGAGAAAAAUUAAAAUAUGCGAAAAAGAAAGAAUUUCGAAUGGUGAAGAACGGUAAAGUACUGAAAAAGACAGUACAACAAUUACAAAGACAAUGUGCCAUGACAAAACAUGAAAUUUUACAUGGAGCAAUUGCUACGUUAUCUGAAAAAGAGCAAUUAGCCGUAAGAGCUUGCUUCAGCGCAGCAAAAUUGAAAAACAGACGAGGAAUGAGAUAUAGUAGGCAAUGGCUUUACGAAUGUAUAUUGUUAAGGAUCAGAAGCAAGAAAGCCUACAAGCACCUUCGUAAACACAAAAUUUUAGUUUUGCCAUCAACCUCAACUUUGGAGAGAAGCAUGGAACAAAUAAAGAGUACAUAUGGCUUCCAGGAAAGCGUUUUCAGAGCUCUGGAAUUUAAAACAAAGCAAAUGGAUCCGAAAGAUGUACACAGGGCAAUUUUGGUGGACGAAAUGAAAUUAUCUACAACAUUACAUUUUAACAAGAUGAAUCUAAAGUUUAAAGGAUUCACGAACCUUGGUGACCAUCAUCAUCAUCAUCAUCAUCAUCACAGAUCUAGACUUUAGGUUGCUUCUUAUCGAAAGGAAGCGCAACCAGCACCAUUCUACAUAAAUUAUUAGUAGAGUGCAUUUUAUUGGCAGAAAACGCAGGAUUGCGUAUACACGCAAUAACAUCCGAUGGGGCAUCAUGGAACCGGGCGAUGUGGAAAAUUUUUAGAGUUUCGGAGAACUCGGUUAGCGUUGAACAAAUCGUUGAUAAUAGCCGCAGAUUGUGGUUCAUAUCAGAUUUUCCAAACCUCGUGAAAUGUCUCCGCAAUUUUUUUAUCAAGCACUCUAUGAAUCAAGCUAUUUGGGUAAUUGUUUAUAACUUAAAUAUUUACUGCUGUUUAUAGAAAUUAUAGUUUAAGUAAAAAAUAUCAAAGGUAUCAGUUUUGUACAAUAAAUUUUAUCACUUUUAUUAUAUAAUUCUUUAAAAACACAUUCAGACACCUGAUGGCUUAGUCCCAUUGAUCUCUGGUACGCGAUUUUAGAAGUGGAGGACACUACAUCGUAUGCAGUCAAAGUAAAUUAUAAGUUAACUCGAGAUCAUGUGGAGCUUAAAUAUUAUCAAAAAAUGAAUGUAGCUUUGGCAUUUCAGGUAAAAUAAAUCAAUAAAGUAAUUUAUUUUGUAUUCUUAUAGAGCAAAAAUAAGUGAAAACAGCCAAUUGCAAAAUUUUUGUCUCCGAUUUUUAAGUUAUUUACAUUUUUUAAUAGGUAUAUGCAUAUACUUUUACCCCCUAAAAUAUUUUUCAAAAAUAUUAUUUAUUUUG